GGGGAGCCUAUUGGGCGAGAUUCGGAGCGCGGCGACCAAUGGGCGAAGCCGAAGAGGUUUGGCGCCUUCCUUUGAGCGGAGCCCAAAUCGCCGCCGCAGUUCGCCUUCGCCGCCGUUGCCGCCGCCGGGUUCCUCUCAGGGGGUUGAAAGCCCGGCCUUCCCGGCCAUGUUCCUGACGGACUUUCGCAGAGAUUUCUAUGAGGUGGUCGUGAACCAGGUGAGCGGGGCUCCUCCUGUGUGUGUGUUAGCAGGUCCCGGCGGACCCUGCGAGAGCCCCGACGGAGAAGGCCUUGCUCAGCCCCGAAGCCCGUUGGGUGGCCUCGGUCGAUGUUGUUGUUAUUAUUACAGUGGUACCUCGGGUUAAGAACUUAAUUCGUUCCGGAGGUCCGUUCUUAACCUGAAACUGUUCUUAACCUGAGGUACCACUUUAGUUAAUGGGGCCUCCAGCUGCCGCCACACGAUUUCUGUUCUCAUCCUGAGGUACUGUUCUUAGCCCAAGGUACUGUUUCUGGGUUAGCAGAGUCUGUAACCUGAAGCAUUUGUAACCCUGUAUUUCGUAUCUGUGCUGCUGAAGCGAGCACGUUCUUGUUCUUUUGACCAUGUUGUUGUUGUUUAGUCGUUUAGUCGUAUCUGACUCUUCGUGACUCCAUGGACCAGAGCACGCCAGGCACUCCUGUCUUCAGCAGAUCCCCCCCGCCACCCGCAGGCAUUCGCUCCAUAACAUGCACAGACAUUUCCCCUUACUUUCUAGGAGGAAAAAAGUGAGUGUUAUGGUGCAAAAAAUACGGUAUAUUACAGGGAGUGUUCCUAAAUUUGCAUUUGGAGAUAUAAGUUAGCAUAUUGCAAAUUGUAUGCAAAUCAGUGUCCUCUUUGUGAUGCAGAGGUGCACAAGUGGCCAUUGUUGUAAACCUGGGAUGGGGAACCAAUGGCCAUUCAGACAUUGUUGGACAACACUUCCCAUCAACCCUAUCAAGCUGCCAGAAUCUCCAUUGCCCCAAAAUGGAAAACCUUACAGAACUUGUGGCUCUCAGUUUGGUACAAAAGAUGUGGUGUUUAGCAUUAGUUUAAAAAAUAAAUCAAAAAUUGUUGUUGUUGUUAAUCGUUUAGUCGUGUCCGACUCUUCGUGACCCCAUGGACCAGAGCACGCCAGGCACUCCUGUCUUCCACUGCCUCCCGGAGUUUAGUCAAACUCAUGCUGGUAGCUUCAAGAACACUGUCCAACCAUCUCGUCCUCUGUCGUCCCCUUCUCCUUGUGCCCUCCAUCUUUCCCAACAUCAGGGUCUUUUCCAGGGAGUCUUCUCGUCUCAUGAGGUGGCCAAAAGUAUUGGAGCCUCAGCUUCAGGAUCUGUCCUUCCAGUGAGCACUCAGGGCUGAUUUCCUUCAGAAUGGAUAGGUUUGAUCUUCUUGCAGUCCAUGGGACUCUCAAGAGUCUCCUCCAGCACCAUAAUUCAAAAGCAUCAAUUCUUUGGCGAUCAGCCUUCUUUAUGGUCCAGCUCUCACUUCCAUGCAUCACUGCUGGGAAAACUAUAGCUUUAACUAUACGGACCUUUGUAUAAUUAUAACAUUUUGUUAUUGUUGUUACCCCACACAUCUUCCUGGGUUGCCCCAGCCACUCUGGGCAGCUUCCAACAUAUAGAAAAACAUAAUAAAACCAUUAAACGUUUUUUAAAAACCUUCCCUAUACAGGGAUGCCUGCAGAUGUCUUCUAAAGGUUGUGUAGUUACUUAUCACCUUGGUGCAGGGGUUGCAUAACUGCAUACCCUCCAACAUUUCUCCACUGAAAAUAGGGAUGUCCUAAGGAACAACAGGACAUUCCAGGAUCUAAUCAGAAACUGGAACGGCUUUUGUAAAUCUGGACUGUACCUGAAAAAUAGGGACUGUAUUACUAAUUGCAUAUUUAGGUCACCUUUCCGCCCAGGGAGCUCAAGGUGGCCCACAUGGUUCCUGCCACACUCCCCAUUUCAACCUGACAACAACCCUCUGAGGUGGGUUAGACCCAGUGAGCUUUGUGGCUAAGCUGGGGAUUUGAACUCUGGCCUCUCCCCAGUCCUGGCCUAGCACUGCGCUGAGGUGGUGCUUGUUUUUCGGGCUGGCUGACCGGGUAGGGGUUAUUUAUUUGUUCAGAGCUAAUCCCUCAGUAAACCGGCCCUGCCAUGAGGCAGAGUGAGGCUACUGCCUCAAGCAGUGAAUUCCGAGGGGUAGAAAGUGGGUAGAAAGGUGUGCUAUGUGGUCUGCCUUGCAGCCCCUGAGCUAACUUACUGCCCUAGCAUGGCCAGCAGUGUUAGAAAUCAGUUAUAUAAUCUAAUCAUCAAAUGGCACUUUAAAGUUAGGUUAUGGUUGCCACAAUGGAAUGUCUAGGUGCCGGGGUUUUUUUGUUUUUAUCUUGCUUUUUUGCAAUUGAACUUACUAUUAUUAAUUUAAUUUCUAUGCCAUUUGUAUGUUAAAGAACCUAUCUCAAAGCCGUUUACAACACACUAAAACAUCAAAUUAAAUGAUCCAGAAUAAAUCAAAUUCAAGCUUGAAGGAAAAUAUUUCAGAUCUUUCUCUAAGUAACAUUUUGCUUACCCUAGUUGCCAACCGGGCAUCCAGAGAUCUCCACAUGGUUGCAGCUGGAGUCACAAAAUGCACAUGGCUAUUUUCGAACACUGGCUGGCAGACCAUUAAGGCUACCCGCCUCGGGCGGCAUGCUCCUUACACCCCACCAGGGCAUCGACCUGGAUCUUGCCUUGUGCCAAAAGGUUUUGUACCAGCCCUGCCAGUAGGUUCAGUGGAGCUUUCCUCCAGUUAGGCAUGUAUGCUAACUGUGGUAACCUGCACAUUGUCUACUACUUCAGAGGUUCACUGAGCUCAACUGGGCUUAGUCCAUCCUCAGUAGCUGUUCAAAUGGGAUGGCUUUCUAAAUCUGCUUGGCUUUUAGAUGCCCAAAGUCUCCGCCUUGUUUCUGCUACAGCAGGCUAAUACAGCUGCUCCUCUGUUACCAAACGUGAAUGAAAACAUAACACAAUAAAAUAAAAGGACAAGCAACCGCAUUCCCAAAAGGAAAGCCCAAUUCAUGCUCCAGGUUGGUGUUUUAAUUUCAGUACUGCAGUGUGGAAAAGCAACAUUUACCAAGCAAUAUACAGUGGUGCCUCGCAAGACGAAAUUAAUUCGUUCCGCGAGUUUUGUCAUCUUGCAAUUUUUUUCGUCUUGCAAAGCACGGUGUUGGGAAAGUUUUGGAAAAGCUUCAAAAAUCACCAAAGUCUUUAAAAACCUCAAAAAAGGCUACCACACCGCGUUCUAUGAGUUGCUCCUCGAAGUCAAGUCGCAACUGUAUUAACGGUGUUAAGAAAAGGAAACAAACUUGCAAGACGUUUCUGUCUUGCGAAGCAAGCCCAUAGGGAAAAUCGUCUUGCGAAGCAGCUCAAAAAACGAAAAACCCUUUCGUCUAGCGAGUUUUUCGUCUUGCGAGGCAUUCGUCUUGCGGGGCACCACUGUAGCAUGCUGGAGAGGCAGCUAGACUGAGUCCUUUCUCAUAUACGUACUAGGAUACUUUUUAUACACCUUCAAAUGAAGUUUCUUUCAAGUUCUUUCUGUAUCCAGAAUUGUGAUGAAUGAAGUGGUUACAGAUUGUUAUUCCGUAGUGUGCUAUUGUCAUAGACACUAAUGAAAAUGUUCUCUCUCUUUUCUUUUUUGGUAGCGGGUGCUACUUCUUGUUGCUUCAGAUGUAGAUGCGUUAUGUGCUUGUAAAAUACUCCAAGUAAGUCUCCUUUUUAUGUCCUGUUAAUGUGCAAAAGUCAAAAUGGGUGUAAACUGACCUGUGUGCAAAGAUGAGGGGAGUCUAGUUUUCUAAUAUUGUAUCCAGCUAAGCUCUACUGGGAGUAGACACAGUGAAAUUAAUGGGUCCAACUUCGUCGUUUCCAUUAAUUUCAAUGGAUCUACUCCAUUGGAUGUAACCCAGCAUGAAAGUUUUUGUUGGUUGAUGGAGAGAUGGGAAUUUGCAGCCUUUGUUUGUGCAGUUAAAAUACUGUCACCUGAUAAGCAAAACUAUAUCUAAAUUAAGCAGUGUUUUAUCUUUAAACUGCCUUGAGUUCCUGUCAAGGAAAAAGAUGGAGUAUAUAUAAGUAGAUUUACUAUUAUUAUUAUUAUUGUUAUUAUUAUUAUUAUUAUUAUUAUUAUUAUUAUUAUUAAAUUUCUGUACUGCCCUUCCUCUGAGAAUCACAGGCUUCACAAUAUAAAAAAACAAAAAUACACGCCAUAGUAACAAACAAAAACAAUCACACACACACCAGUUUAAAAGGCCAUAGAUUGUUUAAUUAGCCAAAGGCUAAUAAGCAGUGAAAUCCUUUUCACACUUAUAUUAUUUGGGACACUUUACCAUAUUUAGAGUGCAAAACAGGCACUAAAAAUUGAUGAUUAAACAAUGUUUUAUUUACAGAACUCUGUGAAUUUUUGAUUGCUUGGAUUCUUGUACUUGUCUUCAAGUAAAUCUUAUUUAUUUUUAUAUGACAAUGUGAUACAUGUUUGGCCUUGCUCAAACUGCUGCUGAGCAAAAGCCAUAAACUUCAUUAUUAAACUAAUGGUGAUGGCUUGCCUACCUCUUCCUCUAAAAUGUCACUUUCAUUUCUUUUGAGGCUUUAUUCCAGUGUGAUCAUGUGCAGUAUACUUUAGUCCCAGUAUCUGGAUGGCAAGAACUUGAAACUGCAUUUCUUGAACAUAAAGAUCAGGUAAAAACAUAAUUAGGAUUUUAAAAAAAUCAAUUUCCUUUCUAGUAUCUCGGGUUAUAGCGCAAUGUGUAUUUGAUAAGAAGAAAUCCUAUUAAUUCCAUUGGUGCUUCCUCCCAAAUAAUUCUACAUCUUAUUACAGUAGUCCAGCCCACUCUUAUGGAGAGUUAGCAUAUGAAGCUAAGCCAGAUCAUUGAUCCACAUAAUGUAAUAUUCAAUGGCUCUCCAGAAUUUCCUUUGCUAGCCCUACUUGGAGAUGCUAAGGAAUGAACCUGAGGGCUUUUGUAUGCAACAUAGAUGCAGUAUCACUGAGUUAUAUCCCGUCUCCACAUGUGACUGAUUCUGCACAGGAGUUACCGUAUUUUUCGCUCUAUAACACGCACCCGACCAUAACACGCACAUAGUUUUUAGAGGAGGAAAAUCCGUAGGCAUGCCACCCGUAGGCAUUUCCUCCAUAACACGCACAGACAUUUCCCCUUACUUUCUAGGAGGAAAAAAGUGAGUGUUAUGGUGCAAAAAAUACGGUAAUUACUUUUUAUUGCUGUGGGUGGCCUGAGUUCUCAGAUUAAACAGUGUCAUGUUAGAUUCUGUUGUGGACAACUUAGAGGAAGACUAAUUGCUUUCUGUAGUCCCAGGGAAUUAGCUAUAUUUUCUCUCAGGAAAUGUAAAGAGCUAAUAUUUCAUAAUAGCCCUGAGGAUAUGAGACUAAAGGAAGCAUUAAUCUUUUGGAUAUGGGCCAGCAUUUCAUAAACAACAACAGUCUUGCUUGCAUAUUAAUAUGACUUCCUUAUUUGCAGUUCCAGUAUUUUGUUCUCAUAAAUUGUGGUGCCAAUGUUGAUCUGCUUGAUGUACUUCAACCUGAAGAAGACUGUGUUUUCUUUGUCUGUGACACACACAGGCCUAUCAAUAUAGUGAAUGUUUACAACGAGUCACAGGUAAAUUCUGCUUCUUGAGAAAAUGGUUGACCGGAAUCCAUUCACAUUGUGAUAGAUAGGAAUUUAUAGGUGGAUCCUUUGCUUCUAGGACAUACUCUGGCUCCUUAAACUGGCAUGGGUGAAAUUCCAAUAGAUUGUCUUGUUUUAUAGAUCAUAAAUUCCAUAUUGAUUUGUUCACCAUAUAAGAUGACUUUUGCUGUAGUUGUGAUGCUUAGUUUAGUUAAUUUUUUUAUUGCUGUUUACCUAAUAGUGUUUUAUAGAUUGUAAUUGUUUUAUUGACUUGUUAAUGAUUGUUAAUUAUCUUUCACUUGAAUCGUUAUUUCAUUAAAAUGUUUCAUUUAAUUAAGCAUUUUCUUUUACUAGAUCAAACUAUUGGUAAAGCAAGACGAUGACCUUGAAAUUCCUGCCUAUGAUGAUAUCUUUAGGGACGAUGAGGAGGAGGAAGAUUCUGGUAAUGAAAGUGAUGGUUCAGAGCCUUCAGGAAAGCGGAGGCGAUUUGAAGAGGUUAGUUCCUUAAAUCAUGGAAGCUUAAAUAAAAUAUACCCAUGUAUUAAAGGGAAAUAAUUGUUUCUAUCACAGGGCAAAGUUUAUAAAUAGGCAUUCAUAAUUUACUAGCCGCUUUGCUAUGAGGAAGUGAGGGAAGAUGCACUAAGCAAGCAAAUGGGUUAUUGUUUUUUUUCUGAGAACUUCAUUCUAUAUAAACAUAAAAACUACAAGUUCAGGGAGUUAGAAUUCAGUAGGCAACUGUUCUUUCAGGCACUACUUGCGGGAUUACUUUAUAAUCAGUUGUGACAAGGACACAGAGAAGGGAAAUGUAAUUUGCUAUUCUAAUCUCUGCAGGAAAUAGUGGAAAGAACAAUGAAAAGACGGCAAAGAAGAGAGUGGGAGGCACGCAGGUAUGUCUUCAGAUUAUACACAUUAUACUUCUGUUGUUCUGUCUAAUGGUAAAAUUGAGAUUGCAAGCUCUGAAAUAUUGACGUGGUUAGUGCAUCAUAGAAGGUGAAUCUAGAUUCUGUUUUUUAAAAAAUUGCUUAGCUUAUAUAUCUUGAAGACAAAGAUCUGUGCUCAGCAGUUGUGUUUUAAAAUAUGUUAUAGGUUCAAAUAUAGCUCUCAGGCAAUCACAUUGUAAGCAGAGGUUGGUCGGCCAUCAGUCAUGGGUGCUUUGGUGAGAUUCCUGUAUUGCAGGGGGUUGAACUAGAUGACCCUUUGGGGUUCCUCCCAAGCCUAUGAUUCUAUGAUGUGGCAUUAAUUGGAUGAAAGGAUAUUAUCAAGGAUAGAAAUUGGUCACCUUUAGUAGGAAAGGCUUUGUUGAUUACCUCUUGGACUGUGUUUCCUCCCCAAAUCCAAAUACAGUGGAACCUCGGUUUUCGAACGUAAUCUGUUCCAGAAGACCCUUCAACUUCCGAAAUGUUUGAAAACUGAAAGUGGAAGCCUCAAUACAAUAGGGAAACUCAAAAGGGAAGCCACCGUGGCAUGUUUGGCUUCUGAAAAACAUUAAAAAACCAAAGCAGUUACUUCCGGGUUUUCGGCAUUUCAAAGCCGAAACAUUUGACUUCCAAGACCCUCGAAAACUGAGGUUCCACUGUAUUUCUUGUGGGUACAGGAUCUCUCCUGCGCACAGUUUUUUUUGGCCUGUAAAGACUCCCCAGUUGCUUCAGUGGAGGCAGCAGUUAUAAUAUAUAGCUAGAUCUAGUGUUUCCUUGCAUGAAAAUAAACAGGGCAACCUUUGCAUGUAAGAGCUCUGCAUACACAAUGGGGUGCUUUUGAUUGGGUUGGCUCUCUUUUUCCACAUUACAUAGUGGAAAUAUUUUUUUACAAGUUUAACCUUUUGUACAUAACAGUUGUUAGAGUACAGCAUUCUUUGUCCACUAGUGGAAGAGCCCUUGUGCUAGUGGAGGGCAUCGUUUAAAAGCUGCGGAGCAAAAGAACCCAAAGCAACAAUUACACUAGCAGAAGCUUGUUUUUCAACAGAUGAUUCUUGUUGUGCAGUUUUUUCUAGUCAAGCGCUGUAUAAAUUUUAUGAAAUAAAUAAAUCUUCAGUUAUGUACUUGUGUUUUCCUUUGCACAACGACAGUCCUUCAGCACAACUCUAUUGCUAGGUGCCUUUAACUUAGUGCUGCAUUGAAUAAACCCCAUGACUUCUUUCUGUUCUUCAGGCAAGAAAUUCUGUUUGACUAUGAGCAGUAUGAAUAUCACGGUACUUCAGUGAGUAUCAAAUAUCAGUGUCAGUAGACCUUGAAGGAGAACCAUUUUUUCAAGAGAAGAUGUUAUUACUUUGAAACAUUAAUAGCAGUUAGUUCAGGAUGCCUUACUUUGUGGAAAGGAAGCUCAGCUAGUAUCGCCAUAGUAUAUUCUUUAUAAAUUAAUUCUGUUUUUCUGGCUCUUUUGUCAUGCCACAUCUUUAGAAAGGCCCCUGACCCUCUUCUUGGGUAUACAUUUUUGCAGUAGCUUUUAACCUUUCUAUGAAAAUGGGGAAACGUUUGAACCAUGCUGCUUUUCAGGGAUAAAUAAAUUUAGCAAUUAGUGUUACUUAUACACAAACGAUAAGAGAGUGAUUUCUAAUGGGAGUGCAACUUCACUUCAGGGAAAUACUAUUUUGGGAACACACACACAAAUUCCUGAAUGCCAAGAUCCAAUUUGGGGCAAGUACUAUUUGGUGAGAGAACCCCAGCAGAUAUUUAAAAUCACAAAAUAUGCAGCAAAGUAAAGCGUGGAAAUACAGGCUGCUAGACCUUUAAAACAUGCCCUUGUGAAGUCCAAAACUUCCCUCUUCCACCAUUAUAGGAAAAAACCACACAUUUGGGAGGUUAAAAAUUGGUUUACUUACAAACCUUUCAAAGGACCGUUUACUGUACUUCAGAAAAUUGCACAGGCGGUAAAACUUGGGUUAGUUACAAAGUGGUGAAAGUUCCUAAAUAUUGGUAUAGGAACUCAAGGUUGGCUUGUGAGAGGCAUGCAGUCUGAGUUGCAGCAACCAGCUCAGACCUCCUCACAUGUUGAGCUUCAUAGGCGGACUUGGGGGUAAAUAGAGGCAUGAUUACCUAGUUCCUCCCAAGGUGAGAGGAAGCUAACAUAGCAGGACAGCUUACUCUAUGAUAUUAACCCCUUCAUGUGUUAAUUACACAUAAGCAUGUUGGUGGUCUUGUUAUCCCCCAAACCUUGGUGAUGAUAUGAGUUACAUAUUCAGCUGCCCCCAAUAGACUUCUGAGUGGUGGUGCUGUAUUCUGAAUGUGCAGGUGUGGGGAGGGAGCAGAAAGCUCAGGUCACUCCUGUACAGUUUGAGGCUGAGCUCUUGUCUGCUGCUGCUUUCAGAAAAGAGCAACAACAGUUAACAGAUGUUGUAAUUAGUUCAGUUUCUGAAGAGACUGUAACAAGCCAUGGCUGCACCUUACUUUUGUGAGAGUAGUAACACUGGCCCUGCUAGAUGCUGAAAACAUUUGCUUGUGUGGAAAAAUCUGUCCUUCCCCAAUCACACUCAGCUAUUAAUUGUUGUUUUUUCCCUCUUGUAGUCUGCCAUGAUGAUGUUUGACUUGGCAUGGAUAAUGUCUAAAGACUUAAAUGAUAUGUUGUGGUACGUAAUUUAGUUUGUGAUAGUAGUAUUGCUGACUUGCUUCCAGAUGUGUCCCAACCUGUAUAGAAAUGCCCCUGCCAAUUGCUCUACCAAAGAGGAAAAUCCCUUGAAAGCAUUUCUCAUUAUGCUCUUACGGAUGUCAUAUAAACUACUAUUUCAAGUUUUUUGGGGUGAGAUCAUAAUCCCUGAUGCUUUACUAAACAUGUUUUUUAAUGGUGGAAUUCUACAAAUGAGGCCCUCCAUUUGAUGCAGCGUUUGAAAUUCGCCAGGCACAUUUUGCACCUGACUAUCGUGGGUGGCGCUGUGGGUUAAACCACAGAGCCUAGGACUUGCCAAUCAGAAGGUCGGUGGUUCGAAUCCCUGUGAUGGGGUGAGCUCCCGUUGCUCGGUCCCUGCUCCUGCCAACCUAGCAGUUCGAAAGCACGUCAAAGUGCAAGUAGAUAAAUAGGUACCACUCCGGCAGGAAGGUAAACGGCGUUUCCAUGCGCUGCUCUGGUUCGCCAGAAGCGGCUUAGUCAUGCUUGCUGCAUAACCCGGAAGCUGUACGCCAGCUCCCUUGGCCAAUAAAGCGAGAUGAGCGCCGCAACCCCAGAGUCAUCCGCAACUGGACCUAAUGGUCAGGGGUCCCUUUACCUUUAUCGGCCACUUGCGACCAAGUGAAGAUGCCCGGGCGCCAGGAUGGCCCCUGUCGUCUCCACCACCUGGAGGUGCAUGCCUGGGCUGUCCUUGCAUCUCAACUGUUUUCACACACUAGCAACACAUCCUGUAGAAUUCUGUCUGUGAUAUUUUAUCUGCACAAUCAGAAUGAAUUUCAGGAACCAGAAAGUCAUAUUGGAAAAUACAACUUUUGAGCUGUCUGGCCCCCAAAUGGCAAUUAGCCAUUCUGUUUUGGUGACUGUAACCCUGGUUUAAGGAGCAAUUUGGCGCCUAGCUUAUAUAUCUGAGUUUCUAACACUGGCUGUAUGCUAUUAAUAAGGCAGAUAUAAAAGGAAACGUCCUUGAGGCACAGGCAUUAAAUGUCAUUCACAGCUAUACAUAUUUUCAUUCAUUCUAUUAUUUAUUUCCAUUCAAUAAUUGCUUCCUUUAAAACAAGAUUAUUUAACAAUAAAAAAUUUCAUACAUCAAAACAAUUUCAAAUCCAGUAGAAAUAUAUCCAGAAUCAUCCAUGCUCAGUUCCUGAUAUUUGCAGUUAAAAGGAAUCCAGGGAGCAGAAUUGGAAAAGGUCUGGGAAGGCUUCUGCCAAUUGAAGUAGGCAGAACUGGGUAGUUAUACCAGUAGUCUGAGUUGGUGUGAAGCAGCUUCAAAUGUUCCAUUGGGGAAAUAUUGUGGGGAAAUAUUUUAUACUUGCUAUUUAGGCAUACCUGUGAGUACCUGAAAGCUUAUCUGAAAUAUUUAAAGUGAAGUCCUAGACAUGUCUACUCUGAAAUAUAUAUAUAUAAAAUCUUUAUUGUGGUCCAAAGACCCAUAGAACAAUUUCAGAACAAAAUACAGUUAAGUUCAAUGGUACUUACUCCCAGGUAAGUAUGUAUAGCAGCUUUCUAUCCUGCUGCCCUCCAGAUGUUUUGAAAUAUAAAUCCCAUCUCUGAUUAUUGGCCAUGUUUACUGGACUGAUGGGAGUUGUACGAUGGAGGUAGGCUAAGGUAUAGAAUAGCACCUUAAAGUCUUCGGGGAACCUUUUAAAUAUUUGUUCACUAUUCAGUCUCAGCAGGGACAGACAGAGAAUAUCUACAAAUUCUUGAUUCAGUUGUUUUGAUUUGCUUUUUAGGUGGGCUAUUGUUGGACUAACAGACCAGUGGAUUCAAGACAAAAUCACUCAGUAAGUGAGCAGUAAAUAUUCUACUCAAAUAGGUAUUUUUAAAUUGUUAGCUGCUUUGGGUGUCCUUGUGACUGGACAGAAAGAGGGAAUUAAAUAAUUUUAUAACAAAUUGAAUCCUUUAAUGUAUACAAUUAUGGUAGGACAGAAAUUACUUUUUAAAGCGGCAUGCCCGUUUCAUGUGUUAGGGGCGAUCCCCAAAUCUGCAAAGAACUGGGAAACUUGUUUUUUCUGAGAAGCACGGUAUUUAUAGCGUUUGCUAAGGCUGCAUUGUAUUUGAGAGACAAUAGACUUCAUUCCUUUAUAAUGUCAAAGGAAUUUUACAGCAUGCAUUUUACUGGCAAGCUGUUUCUAAUAAAUUGACUUCUUUCCACAUUGAAUGUCCUGAAAGCAGGAAUGGUGAAACUUUAUCUCCUUUUCUAUAGAACCCUGCACUCCACCAAUCAGAGCUAGUUGCAAAACAGUGGGUGAGGGUGGCAGACAUAUACUUUCAUACCGUUAAGGAGCAGGGCAUCUACAAAGCACAUGCUGAGCUCAGUAAUUUGUGUUUAGUACCAGAACUAAUCUUGCAGCCCUUCCUAAAUUCCACUUCUGGCUUCUCCCAUAUUUUUCUUAAUUUCACCAACCUAACAUAGAAAACGCCUUCACUGUUGUCAAACAUAAACCCUUGCAAAUCUGCUCAUCUAGAGAUCUACUGGUAGAUAUCAGUAUAUAUUUUUUGCUCAUCCUUUCUCCAAAAGACAUUUAAUAUUUAAAAGGCAGAUAAUAGAACUGUCGGGGAAAAAGAUUGAACUAACUAUUUUGUAUCUGUUUUCUUUUGUAAAAAGAAUGAAAUACGUAACAGAUAUUGGGUCUCUACAGCGGCAUGUAUCUCGGCAUAACCAUCGCAACGGGGAUGAAGAAAAUUCUCUUUCUAUUGACUGCAUGAGAAUAGCAUUUGAAUAUGAGUAUCCUUCUAAAUUACUUUGCGGAAAUAUUUCUAAGACUUGGGUGAAGUGGUUUGUAGUACCAGUUGUUGAAUUGCCUAUGCCAGUGGUGGCGAACCUAUGGCACGCAUGCCAGAGUGGGCACACAGAGCCCUCACUGCUGGCACAUGCGCCAUCCACACUGUUGUUUUGUUGUUUUUUCCAUUUGUGCUCCCGCUCCUCCCCACACUACUGCGUGUGUCCGCUGCUUAAACCCAGAACCUUUUCUCCCCCCCCUUUUUUUUUUCCUGGUAGCCGGCAAUUGUGUUUGGCAAUUGGUCUGUUUUUCAAUUGGCUGUGGCAGUGGCUGUUUCUGAUUGGGCGCAAAAGCAUUCGUUAUUUGACCUUCCUUGUGAUUUUUUUUUCUGCGCCUUUUUCAGUGCUGCGUGGUAGUUCCCAGCUCCCUACUCCAAUCCAGGCCUCGCCCAUUCCCUUCCUCUGCCUCCCCCCCAGCUCCAAUCCUCUGCAGGCCCCUCGCCUCCCGUGGGCCCGACCUGCCUGGGCUAGGAGGGCACUUGUACCCGCCGCAUGCCUGGCCCAACCCAGCCUCAUCCCUUUGGCGCGCCGACAUUGCUGGAGGGAGGGAGGGAGGAAGAUGGGGAAGACCACGCCGGGAUGACGGGCGGGGAACAGGCAGGCAGUCACGGCUGUUGGACUGGCUGGCUGGGGUGGAGGCUCUCCCUCUCCUGGCGCCGCUCACCUGGCCUAAGGCCUGCUCUGUCCUCCCCAUCGCAGCAGCCUGAGAGCGAGCCAGCCAGCUAGCAGGGUGGGAGGGGGGAAGAGGGAAGGAGAUGGCAAGACCCGCGGGGAUUUUUCUGUUGUGUGUCCCCCCAAAAAAGCUCAGCAACUUUGGGGAGUCUCCCCAAAAAGCUCAAAAACUUUGGGCACUUUGCAAUAAAUAAAUGGGUUUUGGUUUGCAGUUUGGGCACUCAGUCUGUGAGUGGUUCAGUUCAGACAUAAUGGCACUAUUUCAAAGCAACCUGUUUAUUGGAGCACAAGCGAGUGAUGAGCUCAAGCGCUCUUGCCUUCCCUUUCCCCUCUGGAAGCUGGUCUCUGAAACCAGGAAAGUCCCUCAACAACCAGACGCAGGAGAGGGAGGACUUGGGGUUGGCAUUUGUUCAUGCUCCAACAAACUAUGGUUUAUUGAAGCAGCCCUGUCAUAUCUGAAGCAGGUCAUUGUGAUCCAGACAAGUCAUUUUGAACUAGAAUGCAAUAGGAUUUUUUGAUCCAACCUGCUGUAAUUACGUACUUUUCCUAAUUCUUAUCGAUGGUCUUAGCUUGUGCCUUGCGCUCUAUCAACAUUGGUCUCUGUAUGAAAGCCUCUGUAAUACCUGCUACACUUCGGCCAGCUUCAAGCUUUGGUCUGUGCAAGGUCAGAAGAGACUUCAGGAAUUCCUUGCUGAUAUGGGGUGAGUUAAUAAGGAGAUUUUAAAUAAAUAAAGAGUUUGUAUAUAAUAUAUAGCAGCAUCAAUGUGUGUGGCUCUUUUACAAAGUUCAGGAGAAUGGGUCCUUGUUCUGAAUUGUUUACAAUAGAAAGCACAGGGGAUACAACAUAGAAAGGGGAGCAAAAUGGAGAAAAGGAUAAUGGGUGGAUUUGCAUUUAUUUCAGUUAACAGGCUUAUUCACAGUAGGGCAUGAGGACUAGGGCAGUGAUGGGGAACUCCUAUGUCUGACUGAUUCCCUGCCCACAACAUGGUUUGUAGGCAUUCCCAAUCUGCUGAUUGGCAGUGUCUGCAAAGCCCUCUGCCUUUGCCCUUGCAGUUUGAUUUCCAGUUGUGCCGGGAAUGAAAUACUUCAUCUGCUGUCAUCGUGAUGUUAGGUGAUUGACAGGAGUACGCUGUAGAUCUUGGAGAGAUCAGGAUCUGGAGCACUAGCUGGAUCCAGUUCACUGGCCCUGGACUAGGGGAUUGAGACAAAGGAUUUGCAGGAAUGGUUUUGAAGGUGGAUUUUGAAGGAAGCAAGAGGAGGCAUUGCAUGGAUAAUGUUGCAUGCAGGCCUUUGCAUAAGGGGCAAAAGGAGAAUUGGGAGAGUCAUUUGUAUGGUUGAAGGUAGUGGAGCUUGAGUAAAGGUCAUGAGCAAGGCUGCCAAGCCAGGCGAAGUUUGACGUGCUUUCACCUAGACUAUUGGGAAUGUCUCCAGAAAGUUCCAUGUUUAAAAUCUAGCAUCUCCAGGUACAACUGGUCUGAAAUCCUGCCAAUCAGUGUAGACAAUUACUGAACUAUAUGGCCUUAUGGCUUGAUUCAGUUUAAGGCAGUCUUCUAUAUUCAGUUAGAAAACAGCCAUUAACUAACCAGCCCUGGUGGUCAUCUAAUGUUUAUUGGAUGGAUUUCCCCCCUAAAUUGAUUUUUGAAUUCUGAAUUUAUUGUUAUUCACGUUUUAUACUGUAUUUUAUGCUGUUUUUUUAACAUCAGUUAAGUGUUUUAAAUUUGUUGUUAGCCGCCCUGAGCCCAGUUUUCUGAACUGGGAAGGGUGGAGUAUAAAUAAAAAUUUAUUAUUAUUAUUAAUAGUUUUUGAAUAAUGAACAUGAAGAGAUUGUGACUUGACAGACUUGCUUCAUCACUGAAAAUGUGAUCUCUUCCCCACCCCCACUCCUCUCCCUCAGCUUACCUUUGAAGCAAGUAAAACAGAAAUUCCACUCUAUGGACAUUUCCUUGAAAGAGAAUCUACAGGAGAUGAUUGAAGAAUCUGCAAAUAAGUUUGGGUAAAACACUUUUUUACGUAUUUGGAAGUCUUAGUAUACCUUUUCAUCUCUGUGUGAUGGCCUAAAAAUGUAUUGUAGCCUGUCUGGACUGAGCAGAAGCAGAAACCCACCCUUGCCCUUACAUUUCUACUAAACUUUCAACCAACUAUUGAACAGUUCAUCAUUUUUUUUUUUUAAAUAAACUAAAGCACUGCUAGCAGGUCUGCCCUUGCUGCUUACUAUUUCACAAAUAUUUUUAUUUAUUACACCUUCCAAGUAGCUCAGGGUCUUAGGGUGGUAUAUGGAGAUUAUAACACAAACCUAAUUUGCAGGGUUGUUUUAGUGAUUUCUAAAGUAACAUGAGGGACGCUGGUGGCGUUGUGGGUUAAACCACAGAAGGUUGGCGGUUCGAAUCCCCGCAACGGGGUGAGCUCCCAUUGCUCCGUCCCUGCUCCUGCCAACCUAGCAGUUCGAAAGCACGUCAAAGUGUAAGUAGAUAAAUAGGUACCACUCCGGCGAGAAGGUAAACGGCGUUUACGUGUGCUGCUCUGGUUCGCCAGAAGCGGCUUAGUCAUGACCCGGAAGCUGUCUGUGGACAAACGCCGGCUCCCUCGGCCUAUAGAGCGAGAUGAGCAUGCAACUCCAGAGUCGGUCACGACUGGACCUAAUGGUCAGGGGUCCCUUUACCUUUAAAGUAACAUGAUUUUUUAAAAACAUGAUUUUUUGGUGUGUGCCUAGGGGAAAAAGUACUAUUUAUAAAUAGUAAUGCUCUAAAAGGAACUGUUUGACUGUUGAUUGGACUAGCUGCCCUGAUAUCACAGAAAUGGCAGGGCAGGCAGAGUUCUUCAGCUGCCACCAGCUGAACUGAGUUGAUCUAAUCCUAGAGAGGGUCAAGGCAAGCAGAAAGUGUUAAGUGUUAGGCCAAGGAAAUGAGGAUUGGAGCAGGGAAAUGCCUAGAAAAAUGAGAGGAAGAAGAAAAGAAUAAGGAAAACUGAGAGAAAAACAAGCUCCUACAUAUUGCCAUGAGCUACAUAGGGAAGGGAUUCAGGUGGACAGAGUUUUGUUAUUAGGUAGUCUUCCAGAAAUGGCCUUUAGAACAUUAAAUUCAUGAUUUCUUUAGCUACUUUCAUGGUGUGUGUAUAUAGUAUGUUCAGUGCUAAGACAGCAGGGAUUUUAAAAAAGCUUUUAACAUCUCUCUGUUGGCUUAAUUUGGUUUUGCAGAAUGAAGAAUUUAAGAGUACAAACCUUCAGCAUCCAGUUUGGUUUUAAAAAUAAGUUUUUAGCAAGUGAUGUAGUGUAUGCAGCUGCUUCUUUAAUGGAGAACAUGGAGAAGGAUGAAAGUGGAACUGACAAUUUCAUCAAAGCUUUGGAUAGUCUUUCCAGGUAACACACAUAGUUUUUCAAGCUCAUUCAAAUCUGCUUUUUUUAAAAAAAUUUGCCCACAGCUGACUGGCAGUAAGGCAUUCUAAACUGUUACAUCAAAAAUUCAAGGUCAAUAUCCUGUAAGAAUGUACCAAGCAAGUGGUUACUGAUAAUAAAUUAAGAAGUCUUCAGUACAGGUUUUUCUCUUCUCUGGUAAAGUAAGCUUCUUUCUGUUUUCCUUUUUUUUUCAGGAGUAACCUGGACAAGUUGCAUCAAGGGCUGGAACUAGCCAAAAAGCAACUUCGUGCAAUUCAGCAGACCAUAGCCAGCUGUAUCUGCACCAAUCUUGUAAUUAAUCAGGGACCGUUCCUUUACUGUUAUCUCAUGGAGGUAAAAUUUGCCUGGACUUGUUUCUCAGUUCUGUGCUGUACUUUUAAAACACUUCAUUUACGUUAACAAGCUUGAAGUUCUAAACUGAAUGGUUUUAGCUUCACACACUUGACACAUGCUGUAUCUACAGCUUUUCAGAGCCAAAUUUAGAUUAGAUGGUGGAAGUGCUUUUAAAAGAAAUGUAAAGAGAUCUGAUUGCAAAUCUGCAAUGUUUGGCCCAGCAUUAUGGAGCCCAGGAGAGUGCAGUGUUUUUUCCUUUAACAUCUUAAGAUUUCACUCUGCAUGAAAACAGGGCUUUGAGUGAAACUUGCAAGGAUACCAGUCACUGUACACUUCAUUUUAACUGAUUUUAGUAUUGUAUUUUUAAAAAUUGUUGCAACCUGCCCCAGGGAGUUUGUGGUGAAGGGCAGGUAAGAAAUACUAUACAGUGGUGCCCCGCAAGACGAAAAACUCGCUAGACGAAAGGGUUUUGCGUUUUUUGAGUCGUUCCGCAAGACGAAUUUCCCUAUGGGCUUGCUUCGCAAGACGAAACGUCUUGCGAGUUCUUGCGAGUUUGUUUCCUUUUUCUUAAAGCCGCUAAGCCGUUAAUAGCCGCUAAUAGCCGCUAAGCCGCUAAUAGCCGUGCUUCGCAAGAUGAAAAAACCGCAAGACGAAGAGACUUGCGGGACGGAUUAAUUUCGUCUUGCAAGGCACCACUGUACGUUGAUGGUGGUAGAUUUGUGAUCCAGGAGGUUCAGUAAUCACCUUCAGGAAAGCAGCUGCUCAGCUGAACUUUUAUUUAUCUUAAUAAUAGCCCUGCAUACUGCUUGACAAGAACCUUUUGAAUCUCAGCAAGAGAAUCUGUUGGGGAGAAAAAAGACCCAGUGGCCUGGUAUACAUGUAGAAGCUCUGGCACACAUCUAAAAGGACCAUCUGCCCUAUAACCUGUAUAUGGAAAUUACUGCCUUUGGGGGCGGGUUUAGUAAUUAUAUCUCUUUUUUCCUUCCCAGGGCACACCAGAUGUGAAAUUGUUCUCCAGACCAGUAUCGUUAUGCUUGCUUAGUAAAUACUUACUCAAGUCAUUUGUUUGUUCUGUAAGUCAUUUUCUUUUUCCCCUUCUGGGUUUGCUUAAGUUACGCUGAUGUUCUGCAUCUAGCAGCAUUGCUCAGACAAGACCUUUUCCCACAGCAGAAUGGGGCGGGGGAGCAAUUUUCAGAGAUCUCCUGCAGUCCCCACACCCACAUAAUCUGCUCCAGGAGCUCCCUUACACCUCUUGAACACAUUUAAAGGAGGGGGGUGUUGAGUGGCCCUGCUGGAUACAACUCAUCAUCUCCGUGAUGUUGAACAGCACAAUUUUCUUUUAAAAUGCACUCUUAAAGAGAGGUGUGCCGAAGUGAUACAGAAUUGUACUCAUAAGGACCAAAUUACAAAGGACAUGGCUUGAAAUGCAUACAGUAAGCCUGUAUUGUAUUUCCUGGUUGUAUUUCGGGGAUCACACCUAAAGCCAAAACCGUGUACAGUGGUACCUCGGGUUACAUACGCUUCAGGUUACAGACUCCGCUAACCCAGAAAUAGUACUUCGGGUUAAGAACUUGGCUUCAGGAUGAGAACAGAAAUCGUGCUCCGGUGGCACGGCAGCAGCAGGAGGCCCCAUUAGCUAAAGUGGUGCCUCAGAUUAAGAACAGUUUCAGGUUAAGAACGGACCUCCGGAAUGAAUUAAGUAUGUAACCAGAGGUACCACUGUAUAGUCAAAAAACAUUAGUUGCAAUGGUGGGUGGGAUUGGCAAAAUCAUUUUUCCUGGGGGGUCUGCCCCCUUUUUCUUUCCUUUUUAAUUUUUUGUUUUUCCAAGAGCAUAAAGCUGAAUGCACACAAGUUAAAUGUGUCCACGUUGUGGGUUUACUGUAGUUGAAUUUAAUGUGCAGAUUAAAAAAAAAAAGCAAAUAGCGCCAGUGAUGCUACUGGGAAAUUUACUCACAGUACAAAUGGCACUUUCGGGCGAGCAAUUUUUCUUAGGUUAGGGGCAAGGGGCGAAAGGGUUAAAUUCUCCCCUCCCCAUUUGCUGCAAUUUAAUAUAGCUCCUUACUUUGGCUCUAGAGUUAGAUGUGAAGGCCUGAGCGGGGGGAAAGGAACAAUGCAGGGAGCCCACAUUCCCCCCCCCCCAAUUUUUCUGUUUUUCCCCAGGCUUUCUCAUGUGUACUCUAAAUUAACUCAAGAACUGACUUAAACAAGGUAUUGUAUUGGAAGAGUAAUACUACAGGACAGUUUAAUUUCUGAGCAUCAUGUGUUGGAUGAUUUUUUUUAUUCAUUUGGUAAGGCAGAACAUUGCAAAUCUACAAAAGGACCAGGUUUUCCACAGAAAAGCACAUUCAAAAAAGAAUUAUGCAUUUCAUCCACCAUAGUGCUGUAACAAUUUCUGUUUUUACAUUUUAUUAAAUUGCAUUUUAAGCAACUUAGCAUAGCAUUUAAACUAUUUUUAUUGUAAAGCACACGUGAGUUCCUUUUAAAUAUGGGUAAGAUAAAAUCUCAUAAACCUAGCAGAGCAGUAAGUAUAAAUAAACAUCUGUGUGUGUGAUUGCUGGAAACAACGUCUGUCUGGUUACUGCUGCCUAAGGAACCUCAAAACGUCUAGCAAACGUUUGAUCUAUAAUCCUUUUUAGAUAACUUUAACCCUCAAAUUAACUCCUCAUCAGUACUUUAAAAAGCAGAGCUGAAAUUUUCUGAUUCUGUCUUUGAAGUUUAUGUAAUCAAUGUGGUUUCUGGUUUCCAGACAAAAAACAAACGCUGUAAGCUGCUGCCAAUGGUUAUGGCCGCACCAAUGGACACUGAACAAGGCACAGUGAUCAUGGUGGGGAUUCCACCUCAUCUGGAAAGCUCAGACAAAAAGAAGUAAGAGUUUUAUUUGCUGGCCCUUUUAGAUAAGAUGCUCCAUAAACUGAGCUGGCUGUUCCAAGUCUGAUCCUUGUUCUGGAGUACGUGUGGGGAGGGAGGAGAAACAACAGAUACGCAUUUGCAAUGAAACAGGCCAACUCUGUAUGGUUGUUUGGGUGCAUGCUGAGAACUAGCCUGGUGUAGUGGCUUGCAUUUUGCACUUGAACCAAGGAGACUCAAGUUCAAAACCUUGCUUAGCCAUGAAAUCCGCUGGGUGGUCUUGAGCCAGUCACUCUUUCAGUCUAUCUUACCUUGUAUUGUUGUUGCAAAGAUGAAAUGAGGUGUUGGUGGGGUCCUAAACUCUUUGGAGGAAAGGAAGUAUAGGAAUAGUUUGCACAGUUGCCAUUUUUGCAGCUUGUUAAAUUGAAGCUGUUGUAUCAAACGAUUUUGCACUUGUAUAACGUGGGGCACCUGGAUUUUGCCAAUCCCCUACAGUGGUGCCUCGCAAGACGAAAUUAAUCCGUUCCGCGAGAGUCUUCGUCUAGCGGUUUUUUCGUCUUGCGAAGCAACCCUAUUAGCGGUUUAACGGAUUAGCGCUAUUAGCGGUUUAGCGGCUAUUAAAGGCUUAAAGGCUUAGGGGAUUAGCUGCUAAAAGGCUAUUAAAGGCUAUUAAAGGCUUAGCAGAUUAGAUAAAGGGGGGGAAAAGCGAAAAAAAAAUCUCUAGACUCGCAAGACAUUUUCGUCUUGCGAAGCAAGCCCAUAGGGAAAUUCGUCCUGCGAAGCAACUCAAAAACGGAAAACCCUUUCGUCUAGCGGGUUUUCCGUCUUGCGAGGCAUUCGUCUUGCGGGGCACCACUGUACAGCCUCCCACAUUCCCUGAAAAACUGCUCCUGGGGUUUGGAGGACUUUCUAGAGCAGUAUAGGGGGCUGUAACCGGGGGAAGAUCAGCGCUUUACUCUAGGACCAAAUACCAGGCAUAGGCAAACUCUGGCCCUCCAGAUGGUUGGGACUACAAUUCCCAUCAUCCCUAGCUAACAGCGCCAGUGGUCAGGAAUGAUGGGAAGUGUAGUCCCAAACAUCUGGAGGGCCGGAGUUUGCCUAUGCCUGCCUUAGAUGGUUGUAUUUUUGGUGUGUGUGCUUAUUUAAUGGAUGCUUGGGGUACUUUUUAGAGAAAGGCUAAAUGCUUGUUGACUUUUCCUUUCUGGGGAAAUGCAAAAUGCUUGUUUUUCUCUCCCUCUCUAGCUUUUUUGGAAGAGCAUUUGAAAAAGCUGCAGAAAACACCAGUUCUCGGACUUUACACAACCAUUUUGACAUGUCUAGUAAGUAAAUGCUGCAUAUCUUAAAUAAGCGAGAGCAUCAGCAACUUUUAGGCUUUUCCAUGCAUGCCUUUCUUUACUUGUUUUUUAAUGAGGCACAUUUCAGAGAAAAUUGGGCAAGUCUGAGUACUUUACUGAGUAUUUGUAAGCUUGUAAAAGAGCUGUGGCAGUCAAACAUCACUGAGACUUGGAAUGUGCACCAGGAGCCAACAAUGUGCUUCACCUACUGAUGUGCCCUAAAACCAAGUAGCUGCUGUUGCUUUGCAUGGAUGAUGGAUCAAAGAGGGAAAAGGCUUAUCGGCUCCAAGUAUUUACUUCUUGGCACUGAAGUAGUCCAGCUUCUAGUUUUAAAGUUUCAAGCGUGCACACUCAUCAGUUGAUGAGCACAAGACCAACUGAUGACUGGCAUGUAUGGAAAAAAAUAACCCCACAUCACAGACUAAUGACCUGAUACUCUUUCAACUAAAGUGCUUUUUGAUGGGAACACUUGAUACAUUUAUCUUUGAGUGUGAGUCACUGAGUGAUUUGAUUGAUGAUCAUGUAUGUAUGUAUGAAUGAAUGAAUGAACUAUGAGGAAAUAUUACAAUGUUGGGAGCUUUUUGCUCUAGGGAAAAUAGUAAGAGUAGGGAGAUAAUAGAGGCACAUUAAAUUAUGUAUGGUGUAGAUAAAGUGGAUAGAAAGAAGCAGUUUCUCCCUCUCAUAGUUUUAGAGCCAUCCAACUUAGUGGAAGAGGAAGAACGUCACACAGGGCAUAGUUUAACUGUGAAAUUCUCUACCACAAGAAGUGGUGAUGGCCGCCAACACGGACAUAUUUAAAAUGGGAUCGGACAAGUUAAUGGAGGAUAACGCUCUCAGUAGCUACUAAUCAUGAUGGCUGUGAAGUAGCAUCAGGGUGGCUCUGAGGAGCAGUCGCUGGAGAACAACUGUUAAGAGAGAAUUGCUGUCCUCAUGUCCAACUUGCGGCCUUCCCGCAGACAUGGCUGACCACUGUGGAAAAAAUGACUUUUCUUAGGUUAGGUAAAGGUAAAGGGACCCCUGACCAUUAGGUCCGGUCAUGACUGACUCUGGGGUUGCGGCGCUCAUCUCGCUUUAUUGGCCGAGGGAGCCGGCGUACAGCUUCCGGGUCAUGUGGCCAGCAUGACUAAGCCACUUCUGUCGAACCAGAGCAGUGCACGGAAAUGCCAUUUACCUUCCCGCCAGAGUAGUACCUAUUUAUCCACUUGCACUUUGACGUGCUUUCGAACUGCUAGGUGGGCAGGAGCUGGGACCGAGCAACGGGAGCUCACCCCGUUGCUGGGAUUCGAACCGCCGACCUUCCGAUCGACAAGUCCUAGGCUCUGUGGUUUAACCCACAGCGCCACCCACGUCCCUUAGGUUAACUAGUCCUAAAAUGAAUUCUGCAUGUGCAACGGUUACCAGUUAAUACUGGUAGCGGUGGCUUCUAAAUUGACUCUUAGCAAUGUAGAGUGACUGGGGAAAUCCAGCCAGAUGGGCGGGGUAUAAGUAAUAAAUUAUUAUUAUUAUUAUUAUUACCGCCAGAAAAUGUUUAAAUCAAGUUGUCACUGUAAUAUAGAACAGGUCCAUCAUGCUGUGAUAUGCUAUCUCUCCAGUAUUUGUGCCGUUACAGACAUUUCUUUUAUUGUUUUAGUUAUUGAAUUGAAAAUGGAAGAUCGGAGCAAAUUUCUGGAUGCACUUAUUUCUCUUUUGUCCUAGUGGUAAGAUGGCGCUGAAGGAUAAUUUUUUUAAACCAUUGAAUCUUGAACAAUUUUAGAACUCAUUAAAAUGCAUCUGAAUGUGUUCCAUUUUUAAAGUUUUGUCUUUCUCCUUUUGUAAGGUCUUGAUACCGUUUUAUCUGUGAGUUUUACCUUAUGUAUAUGGAAUUUGUAAAUAGCAAUUAUCUUGUAUCUACCAUGUUUGGUUUGUAUAGCUUUGAUGUGAACCUAUUUUAAAGCAUUGGGUGUUUAGAUGUAGCCAAUGCAGGUUUGUUCUUGAAAAAUUUAAUCAAAUAAAUUUUUCAUUUUAUGUCUUGGUUGAUGUAAAAUCCCUGUGCUAUCUGAUGAUGCCGUGAACAUCAAUAUUUUGCUGAUCUACAUAUUACAAAAAAUGGGAAUACAGACCAUUUCAUUUUGUACUUAGGGUGUGCCAUGGGUUUCACUUAGCAUGAACUGGUCCACCAGUAUUCAGAAUUUGUAAUGUGCUUUUUAAUGCUUUAGUGUGUUUUGCUUCUAUUUAUUUUUAUUUCGCAAUGUUUGUAUACCUCUUAAUCAAAAAAUAUCUCUACUCGAUUGUGUUUCAUUGG